AUGAUGCAAAUGAACAACAUCAACCUGACCGACAGCACACGGCGGGAGAAUGUAUCACUGCAUCCGACAAUGGUGAACUACAAAAUCCAAACGCAGAAGGAAAUGCCCGCAAGAUUUAUCUUUGAAUGCGCUCAAAAGUUGGAAAUGAAACCGCUCACCUCUGCCACGGCAGCAAUUUUGUACCAUCGGUUUUUCAGAGAGCUUGACGACGCGGAAUAUGAUCCGUAUAUGAUUGCCUGCUCCUGCUUGUAUCUGGCCGGUAAAAUAAAGGAUGAUAAGGUGCGGAAACGGGACAUUAUCAAUGUAGCACACAAUACAAUCAACCGGGGUGCACCGCCACUCGAACCGUGCGACGAGUAUUGGUCGAUGUGGGAUACGAUAGUGCAGGCCGAACUGUUCAUAGCACGCGUGCUCAAGUUCGAUAUGACGAUUGUGCAUCCGCAUAAGUAUAUGCUGCACUAUAUGAAAUCGCUGCAGGAUCUGUUCGGCGCCAAGGAGUGGCACUCGAUGCCGAUUGCAAAGGCUGCGGCCGCUUUUCUGCAAGAUUUCCAUCACACUAGCAAGAUCCUCGACUACAAACCAGCCCACACGGCCGUUUGUUGUCUCGCGCUAGCAUUCCAAGUGUAUGGCAUACAGGUGCCACUGAUGGAUGAAACGGACGAGACCAUUCACUGGUAUAAUGUAUUCUGUCCGGAACUGACGCGUGAAACGUACUGGGAAGUAAUGGAAAAUAUCAUGGACAUGUACAAUCUUGAAACGAUCAUCGGCAAGAACUAA